AUGUGUUCACAGCCGAGUUUGGCGGACAAGGGCGCUCACGAAAUCGAUAUUGCCCAGGUGUCUCUGAAUCUGCAAAGUCGUUUCCGCCUUGCCAAAAUCAAAUACCAGUAUGGACAGCUUCAUGAUCUAAUUUCGAAUCCACCCCUCGAUAGCGACAAGCGUUCCGAUUCCUCGUUCGACUUCUCACGGAGCGGUUGUCAGACUCCCUUUAAAUCUCCUUGUCAUCGAGAAGCCAUUUCCUCGAAGACACUCCCUCGGUCAGCUCAUAGCAAGCGUGCAGUGUCAUACAACCGCGAGGUCAUGCAGCCAAUACUUUCCGUCAGUCGUACCCAAUUGCGAUCUGAUUCAGACACAGAAUCACCAGUAAAAGCCACCGGUUCCUUGCCGAAAAGCUCAUACCAGCGUCUGGAGCCUUCCAUAGUGGCCAAUCAACAUCUCGCAACCUGGCAGAACCAUGUUUCCUCCAUAUCGGAGGCAUCGGUCCCAAACCUGUCAUCCCCCGUUUACCACGGCUCGUCGUCGUGUCGCAGCGAGCUCGUCACAGCAGGCCUUCCCACCUUCUACUCCGAACAAACACCUCACCCCACCGAAAUUGAGCCCAAAUGUUACAACUCAUUGCCAAGGGUUCAAUUUUGCUGA